AGAACCCCUGUCCAAAUGCGGACCUGCCGUCCCGCCUCCUUUGCCUGCGUCACGUGGGAAGCUCGCCCCGGGGUCCUAACCGGAGCAGGCGCGCCUUCUUGCGCGCCGAGAAGGAAGUGGUGCGCGGAGGAGUAAACAGGGUAGUUCUUGGCUGGCGCUAACAGCUGGAGGGCAUCGAGGCUCCGGAUUCCAGCUGUUGGGAGGAACUUUCCCGCCGAGGCCACCAUGAACCUGUUGCUGCCGUUGCUGGUGCUCCUUGGCCCCUUCUGCCUUUCUGCCGUUUCUGGUGCCAGCACAUUCUUUAGAGGACCACAAAUGGACUGCAAAUCAAAGAGUCCGUACAGGGAACUGUCAGCAGUACCUCUGCUGCCCAUUUAAGCUCAUCAACAAUAAGUAAUUCUUCAACAACAGGCAUGAAAGUCACCUGGAUGAUUUUGGCACACUCACAGUCCUAGAAAGGGCCAAUGGCAAACUGAAAACUGCAUGGUCUUGUCCAUAGAGUCACCAGGAGUCAGGAUGGACUUGAAGGAAAAUUCAGAAAUGGAGGUUGCAUUUGGCAGAGAUUGGCCUUAUACACCAACGUUUGCAAAGACCAUGACUGUUACCCAUGCCACCCAAAAAUCAGUGAAAACCACGGCUCAUCCUGACGUGACGUCUAAGAUCACAACAAUCACCAACAAGACUACCCCUGCUGCACAACCUACCAUAGCCGCUCAAACAGUUAAACCUAUAGUACCUGCCAGUACAACGCAUUCACCAACUGAAUCUGGGACACACAAGACCAUUGCAGUUCCUGUAACGAAGCCAUCGCCCGCUUUGGCAACAAAAGUUUCAGCAGUUCAAGGCAACUCACUGGGCUUCAGUGCCGGCAGCUUCAUUGGUGGCAUUGUGUUGACUCUUGGACUUCUUGCCUUUGGCUAUAUUGGAUGCAGAAUCUAUCACACAAAAAGAGGUGUUCAGUAUCGAACCAUUGAUGAACAUGAUGCCAUUAUUUAAAGUCUGUGACGACAAGACAAAAGACAAACAUCCACAAAUGUUACUCCUGCUUUUAGGAACACUUUCUCUCUGGGAAAAUAUUAUCUGAUCUGAUAUUGACUGUUUUGUCUCUUUUGGCAUACAUUAAUCUGCAAAUUUGGAGAACUCCAUAAGGACUUUGCAUACGUCAGAGUAUCUUCAAUGAAGCAUUUCAAGGAAUUGAAAUUAGCACCUACUUUUUAUCACUCUCUUUUGAAAACCAUUAAAGUAAGCAUUGUUGCUUCUUAGCUCUUUUCUACAGAAGAUUGGAGAUGACAAGUCCACAACAGAAUACAAUUUCAAGUGUUGGGUCCUGAACUUUUUUGUUUUAUUCUCCAGUCUUUUCAUUCAGGAAAACAAAUCGGACAUGGCUGGACAAAUAAGAGCAAGAAGUAUUUCCGGAUCAGUUGUAUAAGAUUUGUGGGGUAUCAUUGGAAUAGUGUUUCGUUAACAAUCUGGGGAAGCUCAAAUAUUGUACAGAUAGUCUUCGACUUACAACAAUCCAUUCAGUAACUGUUUGAAAUUACAACGGCACUGAAAAUAGUGAAUUAAGAUCAUUUUUCACACUUAUGACUAUUGCAGCACCCCAGUAGUCAUGUCU